AUGACCACCUCGUCCCUCGACCAGUAUCAGAUCGGCUGGAUAUGUUCCGACCCGAUCGUGGCUGCUGCUGCCCACCAAAUGCUAGAUGAGGAAUAUGGUCCACUAGACGAGCAAGAUGAACUUGACACAAACAGCUACACACUCGGUCGCGUAGGCAAGCACUCUGUUGUUAUUGUCUGUGUCGGUGGGCAAGGGCGCGGAACCACACCGGCGACGGCAACCGCUAUACACAUGAUGCGAACGUUUCCAGCGCUACGUACCGCACUAGCCAUCAGUAUCGGAGGAGCAAUUCCAUCACCGGAGGAUGAUAUGUGCCUUGGGGAUGUGGUCGUGAGUUACCCCACGGAUGAAUGUGGUGGGAUUCUGCAGUUCGAUUUGGGACCCAUCAGGAAUGAUACAACGGUCUGGCGUACCGUAUACUUGAAUCAUCCACCAAAGGUUCUGCUUGCCGCGGUGGACCGAAUGAGGGCAGCUACAUUGCGAAAUGACCCUCUGUACCCAGAAUAUAUGGUAGAGGCAGCCAAACCGACAGCUCGUACGGAGCAAAAUUUCAAGUCUCCUGGUAAGGAACAUGACCGGCUGUUCAGGGUCGAGACAGAGCAUAGCCCUGGCGGAUGUCACUAUGAUGGAUUUUCACCAGAAUGUGAGAUAGAGCGGGACGAACGGGAGGACGCGGAACCACGAAUUUUCUACGGUGUGGUUGCCUCCGGGAACGCACUCGUCGAGCAUGGAUCAACGCGAGAGCGAUUCGGGAAAGAAACAGGCGCUUUAUGCUUUGAAACGCUCUCUGCCGGUGUCAUCCAGGACCUGCCAUGUCUGGCCAUAUGUGGUAUCUCAAACUAUGCGGAGUCGAGCAAGAAUGGAGAAUGGGAAGGAUAUGCCGCAUUAGCAGCCGCUGCUUAUGCCAAAGAGUUGCUUGCAUACGUGCCUAGCCGACAGAUCCGAAGGCCAAACAUGUUGGCUGCCAUUAGUGCGAGGGUGAUGAGAGAGGAAGAUUCAAAGCAGGGUCCCGAUACCCUUUCCCUUAGAACUCAAGGGGAAUGGCUCGGGAUCACAAAUGCACCAACAUUCGGCUCUGAGGACUACGUGGAGGCGGGAGCAGUGGCGCACUCCAAAGAGCGACUGCUUCAUACUCUCUUCGACUGGGUGGAGUAG